AUGGUGCUCGAUUCCGACUCUCCUAAGGAGCAGUCCGUGCGCGUCGUGGUGCGCGUGCGUCCCAUGAACGAGAAGGAAAACAAGGCCAACACGCUCCCCGUGACGCUGAUCCGCGGAGUGGGCCAGCGGCAGAUCCGGCAGGUGUACCACUUCGACUCGGUGUACACGUCGUACUCCACCCAGUGCGAGGUCUUCGAGACCGUCCGCCCGCUCGUCCACGAGGUGAUGCAGGGUUUCGAGGCGACAGUCUUUGCGUACGGCCAGACCGGCACGGGCAAGACACACACUAUGGAGGGGGAGAUCGUGUGCGAGGAGAAGAAGGGGAUCAUCCCGCGCGCGGUGGAGGCCAUCUUCGAGUCGCUGGGCGAGAAGGGGAAGUACGUCUCCUCCGCCGUCUCCGCCUCGUACCUCGAGAUCUACAACGAGGAGCUCUCGGACCUGCUCACCGAGGCGAGAUGCGGCGAGAUGUGGGGAGAUGCGGCCGACGAGCGGGGCGUGUACAACGGCCGCAGCUCGCACGCCGACGGGGCGCCCAAGCUGUCGCUGGUGGAGGACAAGGGAGACGGCAAGCGGCGCGGCAAGGGCGUCUACGCGCACAACCUCUCGGAGCACGAGGUCUGCUCGGCGGCUGACGUGCUCGGCCUGAUUGCGCGCGCGCAGGAGCGGCGGCGCGUCGGCGAGACGCGGAUGAACAAGCACUCGUCGCGCUCGCACUGCGUCUUCACGCUCACGCGGAAGAACAUCAACCAGUCGCUCCUCACGCUGGGGCGCGUCAUCUCGACGCUGCGCGAUGCGGGCGGCAAGGACAAGGCGCGCAUCCCGUACCGCGACUCAAAGCUGACGCGGCUGCUGCAGGAGUCGCUCGGAGGCCGGUGCAAGACUGUGGUCAUCGCGACGCUCUCGCCGUCGCAGCUGGCGGUGGAGGAGUCGGCGUCGACGCUCUCAUACGUCGAGAAGGCGCAGGGCAUCACCAACAAGCCCGUCGCGACGUCGUUCCUCAAGUACCUCGAGGAGCAGGCGGCGGAGGCGGAGGCGGCGCUCGCGCGCAAGCACACGCAGCAGGCGGAGAUUGUUGCGCGGGCGGAAGAGGCGGAGGCGGCGCGGGACACGGCCGUGGCGGACCUCGCCGCCAUGACUGCGGAGGCGGAGAGGCUGCGCUCUGCCCUCGACGAAACCGAGGCGGAGCGGCGCGGCCUGGCGUAC